AUGGAACCGUCGAGCUCACGUUGUGAAACGCCGCCACCAAGCUAUGAAGAAUGCACUCGAUCAAGGCCAACUACCCCACACAGUCAAAUCUAUAUUCAAGAUGGGGAUAAAUUGAUUCUGAUACCGACGAGUAACAGUGGAAUCAUCUAUUCAAGACCGGGCACACCUCAGCAUGGCUAUCAAAAUCGAGACCAACCAGUCACAAUUUUCGUUUCUCCACCAACUGAAGAACCUCGUCAAACAACUCAUCAAAUCUCAGAAGAUAGAGAUGAUGCCGAUGCUCAGGAAGCUGAGCGACAGUGCCUUAUGUGGAUGAGAGCUUGCGGUUGGGCAAUCGGGCUGAUCAUUGUCGUGAUCGGCUUCGUCAUUUUGAACAGCGAUCGGAAAAAAUAU